UAUAUUCUCAUAUUCUUGAAAACCUCCCACCGUACGGAUCAGAAAAACCUGCUAGGGUUUUAGCAUCGCAACGAGAGUGAAGAAGAAGAAGAAGAAGAAGGUUGCAUCUGAAUGGCUUUCCUAAGUAAGGUUGGAAAUAUUCUAAGGCAGGGUGCAAAUAAGAGGAUUGGAUCGGAUUUGCAGGCUUCCAGUUUGUCUAUCUGUCAAGCUGUACGAUGGAUGUCUUCCAUGCAAAGUUCAAAACUUUUUGUCGGAGGUAUUUCAUUCAGCACUGAUGAUCAAAGUCUGAGGGAAGCCUUUACUAAAUAUGGGGAAGUAGUUGAAGCUAGGAUCAUUGUGGACCGCGAAACUGGAAGAUCUAGAGGAUUUGGAUUUGUGACUUAUACCUCCAGUGAGGAGGCCUCUAGUGCCAUCCAGGCAUUGGAUGGACAGGAUCUUCAUGGUCGUCGCGUUAGGGUGAAUUAUGCUAAUGAUAGAAGCCGUGGUGUGGGUGGUGGCGGCUAUGGUGGUGGUGGUGGCUAUGGUGGCGGCGGCUAUGGUGGCGGUGGUGCUGGGGGCUAUGGUGGCGGUGGUGCUGGGGGCUAUGGUGGCGGUGGUGCUGGGGGAUAUGGCGGUGGUGGGAGUGGAGGUUAUGGUGAUGGUAGUGGUGGAUUCUCCACGACAGGAUAUAGUUCCGGUGGUAACUAUACGAACAAUUUUGGCGGUGGUAGCCAAGGAAGUGGAGGAAACUAUGGCAACGAGUUUGCCAGUGACAGCCGUGGAAGUGUUGGCACAGGUGGUGGCUUUGGUGGGAAUGAUGCUGGCUACAACGCCAGCAAUUUUUCUGGUGGAGACAGUGGAAACUAUAACGUCAGUGGCGGGGGCGGCGACUAUUUUUCCAACCGCGGGUCUGAAGAAAGCUCUGGUUUUGGAGGAUUUACCGGUGGGGAUCAAUUUAGCAGCAAAGAAACAGACACCAUGAAUGCACCUGGAAGUGGCCUAGGGGAGCAACUCGAAGGAAAUGAUAGAGACGAAGACGACGACGACGCAAAUGACUUUGCUAAAAGAGCCUGAUAGAUGAUAUUGGAUGUUUGGUUAUAGCCAUGUUGGACCUUCCUCGAUGAUCAGUGUUCCUAUGUAUUUUCAAUUUGGUUUCUCACUGACAAAUUAGUUUUGUCCCAUCUCUAUUAGAAGCCAUUCUCAAUUAUAUCCUAGCUCUUAAAUCUGUUACUCACGACAGAAUUUUGCCAUAAUCAAAUUCUAUGACACUGUUAUUAGUAGUGGUGAA